CAUGGAUUUUCCAUGUUCUGUUAGUUCCGCAUUUAUUUUAUUUUAUUUUUUGACAAACCAUUUCACUAAAAUGUCUAAAAACAUUGUCAAAUUCAAUUGUUCAAAUAAAUUUUAAAUUAUUACUUUCGUUAAAGAAAUAUAAUUUAGUAAAAUUUAACAAAUACGUUUUAAAUUAUUUUUCCCAAUGUAGAUUUUUUAAAAAUUUACUUUAGCGGGGGUUCUUCGCAUAUAGGGAGUUUUGUUUGUUGUUGGUAGCCUUGGAGCGCAUUAGGUCACGUGAUCUGUCAAAUUUGACUAUGGUGUUUUGAAUUAAGUUCGUGUUCUUAUAGAAUAAUUAUUAAUUUUAAUAUUGAAAAUGUCCGUUUCUGAUAAAGGAAACGAGGAAGAAGUCGGAGAUGUAGAGUCAAUUAAUAGUGUUAAUGAUAAUCUCGAUGCCAAUAUAUCUAGCUUCAGUGGUAGCGAUAUUCAAAAUUUGAGUGAUUUAUCACAAGAAUUAACCUUAACUACUACAGAUAUGGAUACCGAGGAUCAUGAAAUAGUAGUAGAGAGCCAAGAAAUAGUUGGACAUGAAGAAGAAGUUGAAAUGGAAGAAGUUGUUACUGAAGAAUUAGAAGUUAUUAUAGACCCUUCUAAUAAAUCUGAUGAACAAGUUUUAGAAACAAAGCCAAAUAAGACAACCACAUUACCUCCAUUAAGACCUUUAACAAUUGCCCCAAAACCUACCAAGGUACCUAUAACAGUAAAGUCUGUUGGAGGACAACCCUUGUUACUUUUACAAGGCGGAGGUGCAGGACAAGCAAUAAAAUUAGUUGCCCCACAAGGCCACGAAAUUAACUUAACAAAUAUAAUGACCAGACCUAUAACUCUAAAGCCUACCUUUAAAACAAUGUCUUCACCAACUGGAAACAUUUCUUUGGUUCAACAAAAACCAUUGUUGAUGAAGAGAAUGGGGACUAAUCAAAAAACUACAACAAAACAAAUAGCUACUCUACCAAAACAAACUCAGCAUUUUAUGGUAGUGCAAAAAGCUGAUCAACAGCAAUUAAAACUACUUCAAACUCAAGGAAUGGUCCAAGGGGUACAAGCUCCCACAAAAACGUUGACGUUGCAGCAAGCUCAAGAAAUGGGUUUGAUAGCCAAUGCUAAAAUUACACAAACUGGUCAGUCUACCAGCAAACAAACAGUAUUAUUAAAUAAAAGUCUCCAAAAAUCUAUAAAAUUCGUACCUCAAAUCAGUUCGCCUCAACUUAUCGCUACAGGAGUAUCGAAUGCAAAAACAGUUACUUUAAACCAAGUUAAAGCUCCUACAAAAAUUUUACCUGCUGGAUCGAUUGCAGGUGGCAAAACUGCGCAGAGGAUAAUUUUUAAAACUGCAGCAGGCAAUCAAACAAUUUUACCACAAGGACAAAUCUUACAGCUUACAGGAUCGCAAAGUUUGAACAGUGGGCAGCUACAUCAAAUUAAUAUUCCAGGCAAAGGAAUGCAAUAUAUCAAGUUUGUAACAGCCAAUUCGCCAGAUAUAAAUCCCAUAACGACCAGUACAACAGGAAGUAUAAAAACUACUUCGGUGGCUCCAACAAACAUUGUUUUAUCUGAAGUCAAGCCAAUGACAACAUUAAAUAGAAUAGUUCCCAAAAUCCCCAAAGACAAAAUCCCAAUUUCCCCUAAUAAUAAAUCUAUAACAAGUACUCCAUUAAUGGUUAUUCCUGCACAUAUACCUGCAACUAAUGCAGUAACACCCAUAAUUUCUAAAAUUGCAAUUCCUCCUUCUCCAAAACCCACGCCUACUCUUAAACCUCCUGCUACCCCCAACGAGAAUAUGUCUCCUGUUCUACCAAAAGAAGAAGUGGAUGCUAAUGGCAUGAGACCUAGGAAACCAUGUAAUUGUAACAAGUCUCAAUGCCUUAAAUUGUACUGCGACUGUUUUGCAAAUGGAGAAUUUUGCUACAUGUGUAAUUGUAUGAACUGUAACAAUAACUUAGAAAAUGAAGAACACCGAAAUAGGGCAAUUAAGGCGUGUCUCGAGAGGAAUCCACAUGCUUUUAGGCCUAAAAUCGGUAAAGCAAAAGAUGUUGCAGGUGAUAUUUCAAUAAGGAAACACACCAAGGGAUGUAACUGUAAAAGAUCUGGCUGUUUAAAGAACUAUUGUGAAUGUUAUGAGAAAGAUUCCCUGUUGAUCCAUCCCAGAAAUCCUUUUUUCUACCAUAUCAUUAAAGAUGUUCCCUAUCCUGUUUAUAGAAACCCACUAACAGGUAUAGCUAAAAUUGCUUGUUCUAAUAAUUGCAAAUGUGUCGGAUGUCGAAAUAUUGAAGAUUCUGUUGAAAAGAAAAACAUGAGGCACGUGACUGAAAAAGCUACAAAUACUCCAGUUUUCUCCGAAAACAUGGCUGUCAAUAAUAAAAAUAAUGCUCAAAUGCGACCUAGGCGAAGUUCAAGUACAAGAAAACAAACCAUCAAUUUUAUAACGGACGAUGUCAUAGAAGCAACGUGUCAGUGUUUGUUGACGAUAUCAGACAAUGCCGACGAAAAUAUGCAGGACGAAGAACUGACAAAACGCCUCAUAAUCGAAGAAUUCGGGAGAUGUCUCACUGAAAUUAUUGACUGCUCGUCGAGUCGAAAUAUAAGUUAAUUUUAAAUUAACAUCAUUAUGAUAUUAGACAAUAUAUCUCACGAUUUCGAUAUAUUUUAAGGCUAAAAAGGAAAUAUUAUAUUAUUUCAAUUACAAACUUUUUAUGAACUGUUUAAUUUUUUUUUUAAUGGCAUAUACUUUUGAGUUGAGUAUUGCAUGUUAUCACGUAUAAUAAUUAACAUUUUAUUACUUAUAGCCUAAAUCACAAAGCAUCUUUAAAUUUACCCACAUGUAAAUCCUUAAAGAUAUAAACUUCAUUUAAAUGAAUGUCCUUUAGAGUUGGGCGAUAUGUCACAACUGUUAUUUAAUUAUUUUAAGGGCCUGUUUUUCACCUCUGAAUAAAGUUGAAAAGAACUAUUAGGCUUUAGGUUAUAGUUAAUUAAUCUGCCAAGUAAAUCUACGUGUUACCUUACUCAGGUGAAAAAAAUCGGCAUUAAUCUUGGUAAAUUGACAUUCUUUACAUGUUCUUAUAUCGAUUUUUUCCAGAAAAAUAUUUAAUUUGUUAAUGAUUUGAAGAAACAACCUUAAUUAUUUGUAUGUUAUUUAUCAUAGUAACUAUUCAAAAAUAACUAAAUCUUCCAACUCUGCUUUUUCUCUGAAUUGACGUUUCUAUCUUUGAGGAUUUACACGUAGAUAUCUAUUUAAAAAUUCUUUUAGUACAGGAAAAAUUGGAAAAAAAGGGAUGUUUUCAAACAAAAAAAAAAAAAAGAAUUUCACACGAUUGUGAUUUGUAAAUCAACCAAUUUUUUGCAUUUUGUUGUAUUUUUUUAUUGAUGAAAAUGGCGAGUCGUAAUAGAAAAUGUUUCAUACAAAAGUUGCAGUCAAAAAUGUUUUCUACAAUUUAUCUCAUUGGUUCAUUACGAUGAUAAAUGCAAAAAAAAGUAAAGGCCUCUAAAGUUCGCAAAAACUAUUUUUUUUUCUAUUGAUUUUUCGACCCAAAAAUAUUUUUUUAUGUAUGUAAGCACUGUAUCAAAAUAUUGUCAUUCAAUUCAGAAGAGAACACUUUAAAGAACCUCAGUCUCAAGUUGUGUCGUCAUAUCAGUGUUCACUGAAGGCGACUGUUUGGAAGAGGGUGCCGCCAAAACAACGGAAUUAGCAACGACGAAUUGUCGAAAAAAAAAACAAAGUAAAAAAUUAAGUUUAUUGACCAUGAAAACUAUCACUAUAACAUGCUUUAGAUAUUAAAUAUAGUACAUUUGUCAUUUAUUCUUCAUUCACUGUUUCAAAUAAUAUAGAGGGUGUCACUACAUUCGACCUACACUUGAGAGCUCUCGUUAAUUGAUGAAUUUUGAUAUAGGAACAUUAAACUUUAAAGUUCUUACUUGCCGAGAUACAGGAUAUUGAAAGUUUGAAAUCAAAAUUUUUUUUUCAAAUUUGAUCUACCAAGAUUUUGUCAAAUACAGGAACUAUUAAAAUUUGACCCAGGCCUACUGGGUUAAAAUUAAGAAAUAUUGAUUAGUUAAAAAUUUCCUAAGAACUUGCAGACUUCUGUUUAGAAACAAAUUUCUACAACACCGUUCAUUUUGGCUCCAUAAAAGUUCAUUACUUUUUUUAACUAAAAAGUUGCGUAAAAAAUAGUGAUCCACCAGAUUGUGAACUGGACAAUAACAAUGUGAAACAGAAAAUGCUUAUUAUAAAUACUCCCGAGUGAGAUGAACAAUAAAAAUGGCUGCACCCAUAGAGUCGCACCUAGUUCUAUUAAUACAACAUGCACAUUGGCAUUCUACUCCACUCCAGGAGCGCGUUCAGAUGAUUUUACACGUGAGUAGACUAAUUUUCUUAGAUCGUUUGCCCAGACUACUCUAGAGUAAUUCUCACUGGCCCAACAUUUCUGAACGGCGACGAAAGUAAAAGUCAACGAAUUUGAAAAUUAAAGUUUUUUACAGUUAUUUGUUUACAGACAUUUUAUUCCCUUAUAUAAUGUUUGAUGUUUCUCGCUUCUCGUUGUUAUUCGUGUUUCGUAUAGUUUUUAUUUUUUAAUUAUUUAUUUUUGUUUAGUUGUUUUUUCUUUUUAUUUCAAUAUUUACCUAUUUACAAUCGAGAUUAUAAUGAAUGAUCUAUUGCCGCGUUUGAGAAUCCACAUCCGAUGCAUUUUUUACAUCUCGAGCGUUUUUUUAUCCACAUCGGACACAUCUACUACAUCUACAUCUGUGUUUGUUUAUCCCAGAUGUACCUGUUCAGAUUACAUUUUUUACAUCUCGAUUUGAAAUGAGAUGUGAAUGAGAUGUUCGUUCCAUGCUAGAAAAGUAAGUGUUCUGUGAAGCCUUGUUUGUCAAUUUUUCCUUUGUUUAUGCUAGCAUGAAUAUAAAAGUGAUUAGAUUGUUUAAUUUUUGUUAAUAUUUCAAAUUUAGGUUGAUUUGUAGUCUCAACAGUCAAAUUUAAUAAGUAUAAACUUCUAACUUGUCAUUGACAUUUUAUCACGUGACCAAAUAAAGUCUAGAGCGUUUGUUUAUUACAUCUACAUUCAGAUCUAAUUCUCUAUCACGUGAUAAAAAAUUCACAACAUCUCAGAUGCAUCCGAUGUGGAUUCUCAAACGCGGCAUAUAAAGUCAAUAAGACAAGAAAUUUUAGUUUGUUUAUUUUAAAACAAACUUAACCCUAUAAAAUGCCAUGUACAAACACCUUUAUGACACACAAAAAUAAUAUGAAACAGAAACUUCUACAAAAGAACUCUAUGUUCUGUCAAAUUAAGGUCCGGUUUUUCAAUCUCCGGCUAUUUAGGAUAGCUGGCAGCUACGGAGAUAGCCGUCAGCCACUGACUGUCAGAACGUUUUUCGACCUCCAGUUAUACGAUAGCCGUCAGCUAUUUUGACUGUAACCGUAACCGACACUUGCAAGUGGUAAUUUCGUAUAGAUAGCCGCCAGCUAUUUAUUGUACAUGCGUAGGACGUUGUUUGUCAAAGUUAGAGGUUAAUAUUUUUAUUAAUGUUAUUUUUUUUUUUUUAAUUUGGUGUCAUCGGCGUCGACUACUACGGCCAUUAGCCUCGUGUUCUGUGUAGGCUUUGUUACUGUUUCCCAGCGCCACUUUAGGAACAGCACUGUUAAUUAGAACCCAACAGUAAAUGGUCGAGUGGGGAAUCCUACCAAGGCAUCAGAAUUAAUUUUAAAUAAUUAAAUUAAAUGAAAAAAUCCCGGCCAACGGUGGGAUUCGAACCUGAGACCUUCCGAUCUCAAAGUCAUGACUCUAACCACUGAGCCAACCCACCCCCCUAUUAAUGUUAUUAUUUCUCAAAAAUUGAUUUAUUUGAAUACAUUCACAGCAACGAUGACAAAGAAAUUAUUAAAAUUAUUUAAUAUGAGCCAAGAUGACCGUGUCGUGUAUUGUAAGGGAAUGGCCCAAUUAUUUUGAUAUUGAUGAAAAGAAUUUUAUUAUAAAAAUUUUCUGCAACCUUCUCAUUUCGUUUCCGUGAUAUUGCAUUUUCCUUUUUUUACAUUCUGUAAGAUAAGCAAAUUUCAAUAGUAGGGCUCUAUCUGAUGCCGCGUAAUUAGAUAUUUUCUCUUUUUUCUAAAUCACCAAUUGCCCAAAAACAGAAAAUAGGUAACAAGAUCUUAAAGAAAAAUGGAAGCAAAAUAGAACAAUUUUUAUGUGAAGGUCGGUGACGAUCAACACAAGACACGAUAUGUAAAGCGGAAAAUUUAAAUUAUCCAAUAAAAACCAUUUAACAAAUUAGCAGAUAUGCCAACCUGUCUAAGAAUAAAUAAAAACUAUUAGACUACGUAGCUAGCAGUUAAAUUCGUGAUGAAAAACACUUCCAUCCAUGUUCCAUCGGUAACAGGGACUUUGACUGCCAGCUACGAUAUAGCUGUCGGCUACGUAACAGUCACUUUGACUGGACAUUGAAAAACCGACCCUUACUCAAAUGUACCCAGUCCAAACUGGGUAAAAAAGAGUGCACUCCAGACUAAUUUGACUCGACUUUCUGAACGAGAGUAGCUAAACGUUCAAAUUGAACGCUCGACUGUUCUUGAACGAACCAAGACCAAAUUGAUCGCGCUCUUUUUGGUCGGAGCGUGUUUCCUGAACGCGCUCCAGUUCAUUGGUUUUGACAGGUUAUGAUAUGUGAUGCAUUUGAAUAUCCACAUCGGAUACGUCUACUACAUCUGCAUUUGUUUAUCCGAGAUGUAGCUGUCCAGAUUACAUUUUUUUACAUCUCGAUUUGAAAUGAGAUGUUCGUUCCAUGCCAGAAAGUAGGUGUUCUGUGAAGCCAGAUGCCGAUUCAGUUACAAGUUAAUCGAUUUAUCCUUUUUUUAUAUAGUAGCGUGAAUAUAGAAGUAAUUAGUUUGUUUAGAUUUCAAAUUUAGGUUGAUUUCUAGUCUCAAAAGUCAAACGCAAAAAGUAUAAACUUUGUCAUUUCUUUAUGUUUAGAGCGUUUGUUUAUUACAUCUACAUUUAAGGGUAUGGUCCGUUAUUAACCGAAAUAUCGGUUACUCGGUCCAAAACUAACAGCUCUGCUUGACAUUCCUGAAAAAUCGGUUAAAUUAGGGACGCGGUUACCUGAAAAUAGUGACUCAAACGUCAAUUCACUAACCGCUAUAUUUUUACAGUUACUAUUAAGUCGAAUGUCAAUCUGUCACAAAAGUGACGUAAAUCUCGGCCGUGGUCCAAAGUAACCAAGAAAUUAGUUUUUUUCAGGAACCGCUGUCAAAAAAUCCUGGUUACUAGGGGUUAGUAGUCGGUUAAAAACGGACCAUACCCUAAUCCUUUAUCACGUGAUAAAAAAAAAUCACAUCUCAGAUGCAUCCAAUGUGGAUAUUCAAACGCAGCAAUGGUUUGGUGGGCCUGGUGAUUUGACAGGGUCAAUGAUAUAGAUAGUUAUAUAGAUUGAUUAUACAUGUCUUUCAAAAUAAACACAAGCUUAUGCCUUGAAGUAAAAAUGUAGGUAAUUAUUUUUUUUAAACAGGCUGAAAAUUGGUUUUAAAACACAUUUUUGUUAAACCAAUUCUGAUGUGAGGCAAUAUGCCUGCUCGCAAAACGACCCGCUUUGAGAUGUCAAUUGCUGCGUUUGAGAAUCCACAUCGGAUGCAUUUUUUACAUCUCGAGCGUUUUUUUAUCCACAUCGGACACAUCUGUCCCAUUACAUUUACGUAUACUGAACCACGUGAUCAAAGAUUUUUUACAUCUCAGAUGCAUCCGAUGUGGAUUCUCAAACGCAGCAUAUACAACUAUUGCUGCGUUUGAGAAUCCACAUCGGAUGCAUUUUUUACAUCUCGGGCGUUUUUUUAUCCACAUCGGACACAUCUGUCCCAUUACAUUUACGUAUACUGAACCACGUGAUCAAAGAUUUUUUACAUCUCAGAUGCAUCCGAUGUGGAUUCUCAAACGCAGCAUAAAUAUUAUGUAUCAUUGACCCUGUCAAUGACAACAGACACACAGGUUUGCCAUAUCUAAACUGUCAGUUCCCACUUGUCGGCAUUUUGACAGGUCGUUGGUAAGGCCUAAUUAACAGCUCUCUGGGGUAAUGUUGUAGGUCGAAUAUAAUGACAUGUAUACCUAUGAGUAUUAAAUCAUUUUCAAUAUAGAACUAUUUGAAAUUCGACGCACCCCAGACAGCACACCAAAUCCUUUGGAUAUCUACUGAACAUCCCAAUAUCCACUGAAUGUCCAGUCCAUGGUAGAUAUCUAUUUUAUAUCCAUGAAAUGUAAUUUACAGACAUGCAAAUGUCCAUAAAUAAUAGUAAUUAUAUAGCAAAUUAUUAAAAAAUUACGCCAUUGUGGCUAAUAGUACCGUUCAGAUAUUUAAAAUUAAUUUUUUUAAGGUGUAUUCAAUAUCCCAUGAACAUCCACUAAAUAUAUCAAAGUCUAGGCGCGAACGCAAACCAUCGUGGAUAUCCACUAGAUGUUAUUUGAUUCUGCUUACUAAGUAUAGAUGGCGAUACCACUAUCGCAUCUACUCAUGCUCGACCCGCCGUAAUUGAGUUCGAUCGAAAUUAGAGACUGGAGUCGAGAAUUUUCAUUUAUUGCUGAAGAGUCCUAAUAAGGAUGACUUUCUCCUUAGUGGGCAAAAUCAAAGGCAGAGUGUUGAAAAUAUUUUGAGUGUUGAAAAUAUUUUUUAUCUCUGCUAUUUUCUUUCGACGUUAUUCAAUAAUCAUUGGGUUACUUAUGAACCUCUACUAAAGAUACCCAUAAAAUAUUUUGCUGAAUAUCCGAAUAUCUUCUAUAUCCUGGGAUAUAGACGGACAUUUGGUUGGAUAUUCAUAUUGGAUAUAUUGAAUAUCCACAAAAUGUAUUCUGUAGAUAUAUCUGUGAUUUCUUGUAUUUUCUGGAAGAUACCCAUUAGAUAUUUUGCUGAAUAUCCAUUAGGAUAUCUUCUAUAUUCUGGAUAUAGACGGACAUUUGGAUAUCCAUAUUAGAUCCACGGAAUAUUUCUGAUAUCCUGUGGAUAUAUUGGAUAUCCACAAAAGAUAUUCUGUGGAUAUCUCUGGGAUUUGGUGUGUUGUCUGGGACUAUAUCUCCGUUACGGUUGGAGGUAAAAACAGAGGGCUUUAAUACCCGUAUCCCACGUGAUCUGCAAGAAAUUUAGUGAAAAAUACCGGUCUUAGUGACUUUUAUGACAACUUAAGUACAAGGACGGCUCCAGGACGAAUUUUCGGGGAGGGGGGCAUGGCCCCAUAUCCCUCCCCUGGAGCCGCCCUUGAUUUAGUAUUAGUUCUGUCAAAUAUGUCAGUGACCUUGUUUUAGGACUACUACUGAAGUUAUUAAUGUCACUUUUAGUCGAAUGUUGACAUCACAUGGGAUGACUGAAUAUCUAUUAAUUCAACAGUCGCCUUUAGUGAACACUGAUAUGACAACAUGACCUGAGACAAGAGGUUUUUCAUUGUUGUCCUCAAGUAAAAACUUAUAGAGAUCCGUUUUAGUGAAAUCUCUAAAACAAAAGUCCUCAUCUUGUACUUUACAUAAACCAGCGCUCCUCCCUUUUGUGGCAAACUUCUAAAAAAAUAAAACGUCCUCACCUAAAGCUGCCAGGCCCCCACUUGUAUCCGGACCCCGGGAAUAUAUUGUUAUCUACAACUUUUGUUUGAAAUAUUUUCUACUACAACUAAAACCAUAUACGCGGAAAAUCAUUUAUAAAAUACAUAAAAUGCCAAGGGUGGGAGAUUUCGUAAAUUUGGUUUUAAGCUUCUCUUAAACGGUAGGUGACCACGUUUCAGGAAUCACAAGCACCUGAGAAGUUUUACCUAUUUUUUGUACUAUUUUUGUGAAUAAGGAUGGUAAAACAAUGUUCUUACCAUUGACUGAGAUUUUCCUAUAUUAGGAUUAAAUAAAAAAUAUUUAAUUAUCUUGGCCUUAAAGUAUAUUCGCUAGGUGAUAUUUGUCUAUGUGUUCCAGAUUGUUGUAAAAUAAGUUUAAAUAUUUUAUAUUAAAUUUGUUGUUAUGAGUGUAUUUUAAAAAUAAAAAAU